CGGUGGGACUUCAGUCACAUUGCUCCCUCUUUCUGGCCACAUAAAGCUAGACAGCAGCUUGAAAAGAAUCCCAUUCGAGCACGAAGGCAAUUCUCAAUUUCGUGGGACAAUGUCCCCGAGUGUGCCAUUAAUACGGACAAAACCAACAUGGCUUCUGACACUCAUAUGCCUUCAAUAUUUCGUGUCUUCCCUAAACGGCCAAAACCUGAAUUCUUGCACCAUAAGCACGCUGGUGGUGGAGCACAAGAAUCUGACUUGUGGACCGGCUGUCAUGUAUGCUAUUUACGGAGACGGCUGGACCAUCAAUAAAACGAAAACACUACAGUACAACGGAUGGGGAAACGACAUCAGCAAGCUCGUGGAAAACAUCCAGCAGGGCCGAGGUCUUUGCUUCUUGGACCAGGUUACAGACAGUAAACUGCAAGUCUGCUGCGAGAAAUGGACAGGAGAAAACUGCUCGAUACCCAUAUGCAACCCUCCAUGCCAAAAUGGCGGCGUUUGCGUGAGUCCAGACAAGCCGUGCGAAUGCCAGAGUGGUUGGGCCGGCAAUGAGUGCGACGAGAAAAUCUCAGAUAUAGACAGCGACCACCAGUACUGCUACAACGAUAGGUCAUGCAAAGGAACCAAACUCUUUGGCGGAGUUGUAACGACGGAACCUGAGUGUUGCGCCUUUGCUGGAGCCAAGUCCUGGGGCAGUACUUACAAGAAAACCUGCCUUUCGUGCGGACAACCCGCCAACGUAUCCAUUGUGACGCCACCCUCAUCGCAGACCUUCUUGACGUGCGUAUCGUCUGGCAACGGUUACUUCAGAACUUUCGAUGGCGUGGCCUUUAACUCGAACUCAACCUGCCUGCUGACGAUGAUGAUGACUGCCACCUUCAAAGUCGAGGCUGCCACCGACUGUGACCCGAGAAACACCUGUAAAUGCCUCAAGAUCGCGUACUUCAGAGAGACUGGCGGUGAGUUCUAUUACGCAUACUUCAACGGAACACUCACGAAGUACAUCAGUGCAAAUGCAACAAUCGUUGAAAGCAUCGACGCCGACUCUUUGACUUCAUCCAGUGCUGCUAAUCUAGGCGGUGUUAUGGACAUUCAGCGUAUAGGAGACAUGGAUUACUUAACUUGGAAAACCUACUCAGUGACAAUCCGAUUUGACCCUGACGGAAACAUGUACAUAACGAUACCUGUAACCCACAACUUUGGUCAGAUGAGGGGCGCUUGUGGCGACGCUGACCGUGACUUACAAGACGAACUGAAAUAUGUCGAUAACCAAAACCAAGCUGUUAUGCUGAUCAACGAGUACAGUUCUACACCAUGUGGAAACCCGUUUGACGUGUUGUGUGAAAACGAGGCCAUGAAGAGCGAGGGUAGAGAAGCCUGCAACGCCAUAAACUCUCAACUCUUCCAGCCAUGCUACAGUACUCAGUCGAUUUCCCCAGACAACGCCUUCCAACACUGCAUGAUGGCGUACUGCACGGGUAGAAAGCAAAGCAAGAGCGUGGCGGAGCAAGCGAGAUGCAGUGCCAUUGCCAGCCUUGCCAGCAUGUGCGCGGAGCAAGGUGUGGUGGUGUUCUGGAGGUCGUCUACAUUUUGCAGUCGCGAGUGCAAGGCCAACCAAACGUACACGGCUUGUGGGUCUCAGUGCCCCCGGACUUGUGGUGUGCCCUUGACCAACUACAUGAGCGAGGAGUGCAACAAGUGCGUUCCAGGAUGCCAAUGCAAACAGGGGCUUAUGGCUUACAAUAACACUUGUGUGCCGCCCAGCGAGUGUCCAUGCACGUACAAGUCCAACGUCUACAGCGUCGGCGAGAUCACCGAGACAGUGGAUCACCGCCAGAUAUGUUCAUGUGAACCCUUCGGUCAUUGGAGCUGCAAUACCACGGAGAGUACUUCGUCGUGCUAUGUCUUGGGACACAGCAACGUGCAGACCUUCGACGGCUUACGACUCAUCCUCGGGGCCAACAUUAGUGAUGUCAGCGAAAAGUGCGGCUACAAACUAGUGGUUUCAAAGAGUCAAGAUUUCAAAGUCAAGAUAGAAGCCUCACCCUGCAGCAUGGGCGGUGGUCUUUGUGUCUCCUCAGUAAAGGUCGAUUCCCGUGCAUCGUCAUGUCAACUUAAACUGGAAAAUGGCGAAAUUAAUGUCUACAACAAUAACAAAAAAGUCACGCUGAAUCCCAGCAAAUGCGGUGACUUUAACGCAAAAAAAGUAACUGCGACUGCAACGACAGUGGAGACCCAAGAUAUACGUGUGACCUUCUACACUAACAACAUUGUCCGUGUCGACGCCAAAAUAGAGCAGUUAUUUGGUGAGGUGCAAGGUAUCUGUGGCAACCUUAACCUUGCCCGUCAAGAUGAUCGCAUGCUUAGUAACGGCAUUCCAGCCAGCGACGAUAACGAGUUCAUCGAGGCUUACUCUUACAUCCCUGGUGAUGAAAGCAAGUACUGUGGGACAGGAUUCAAACCUCAGCUAAGCCCAAUACCUGCUCCGAUUUGCUUGGAGUUGGUGGCGUGGCUCACAUAUUAUGGGCUAGGCAUGCACGUGAAUUACGCACAAGACGCAUGUAGUUCUAACCCCAGCCCGCCCAACAUCUGUCCAUUCGUCACCACGAUGGCUGACAGUUUGCGCAGGUCCAUUUACGAUCUGCUACCCAGCGACAACACGACCUACCCUCUGUUGACUAGCAGCUGCAGCACCCCCACCCCGACAUGUCCUCAAAAUCUCGUGUACCGAAGCGUCGAGGUCUGCAAAUCCCUCUGCCGCGAUGCCCUCUACAUGAACGGAAGCUGCCUCCCGGGUACUGUGCAAGGGUGCGCCUGCGACAAGGGAGAGGUGAAAGGCGACGACAACGUUUGCCACGAGCCACCCGAGUGCACGUGCUAUGAUGCUUCCCGGGGUGUCAUCUACCAGCCCGGAGAAACGGACGUCACCAACUGCCAGAGAUGCACUUGUACCAACAGCAUUCUAAGUUGUGUGAAGACCGAGUGCGACCAGACGAUAUGUCCAGCCGGCCAGGAGGAGGUGUCGGACAUGGUCCCCAAGGAAGGCGAGUGUCAGCGUCUCCUGUGUCCCACCAAGUACUCCAACGAAUACGGUUGCGCAGACAACGAAUUCCAACUGAGUAGCUGCCGGUGUCCCAAUGGCACGGCGGAGACCGCCUCCGGAGAGUGUGUCCCAAAAGACAAGUGUCAUUGCUAUUACUUGGGAAGCUGGUACGAAACCGGCGCAAACAUCACAGAGAACUGCUUCAUCAAGACCUGUCUCAAUGGUAUAUGGUAUGUUACUGACUCAAUUGACUGCAUAGCCACCUGCGUGAUAUCAGGUGCCAGGAGGAGGAUCCAGACAUGGGACUACACCCGGUACUACUUUCAGGGCUCCUGUGUUUACGUGCUUUUUCAGUCCGUCUCAACCGCCAAUCCGUUAAAAAUCACAUACCAAAACGUGAUGUGCGGUAGCUCAGGGGUCCCAUGCUCCACGUCAAUGCACGUUUAUGCGUACAACACGACCUUCCAGUUUCUCCGAGGAGUAGGCCUCAUCGUCAACAACAAAAUAAUCGGUAUGGACACGGCAUGGAGUAUGGCCAACGGCGUGGUGCAGAUCUACCCUUCCACAUCCUCAAUGAGCAUGUUCUUGAGGGAUGAAGGGGUGAUGAUACUUUGGACCGACGGUCUUUUUAGCCAGAUUCAGGUGACCAGUAGAUGGAAGGGACUAACGUCAGGUAUGUGUAGCCCUUACGACGAAAACUCCGGCAACGACUUGAUGACGCGCGAAGGGGUGAUGGCCGAUAACCCCAACCAGUUGGGCAACAACUGGAAGGAGCCAGGCUAUUCGUGCAGCGACGUCCCGGAAAAUCAAAUUUCCGUUACCCCAUGCACCGAUAAACCAAACCGUCAGCAGUGGGCCACAAUGUCGUGUGAGAUCAUCAAGACCUCACCAAACUUCGCAGCAUGUCGCGCCGCGAUGGCGACGUCAGAUGUGGAUGGGUUCUACGUGAACUGUGUGAACGAUGCAUGCGCUUGUGACAGUGGCGGCGACUGUCAGUGCGUGUGUGACGCUCUCAAGGAGUUUGCUGCUGAGUGCAGCCGCGUGGGUGCCGCUGUGAAGUUCCGCAGUCAACCUACGUGCCCUAUGAUGUGCGAUGAAGACAAGAAAUACUACCACUGUGCAUCACCCAUUCAACCCACAUGCGAGGAUCCGAACCCGGAACAGACCAACAAAAACAACACUUUCACUUGUAUCGAAGGAUGCUUCUGCCCCCCGGGCACCGUUUUAUCUGGCUCUAAGUGCGUCCCUGUGGAAAACUGUCCAUGUCCCUUGCAUGGAUAUUCCUAUCCCCCAGGCUCAGUUAUAAUCAGGAAUUGUAUGAACUGCACCUGCAGAAACCGAACAUUUCAGUGCGAAGGGAAAAACUGUAGCCAUGAAUGCAACUCAACAUUUGAGUUCAAGUGUGAAGGCAGCGAUCACUGCAUACCCCUUGAGGACAGAUGCGAUCAAAUGUAUCAGUGCCCAGAUGGCUCUGAUGAGAAGAACUGCACAGCACCCAACUGUACAGAGCAUCAGUUCCAGUGCCACACAGACGACAGCAUAAAGUGCAUCCCUGGUUACCAGGUCUGUGACGGGAUUCCGCACUGCGCCGACGGAAGUGACGAGAUCGAGUGUCACGGCAACUGCACUGAAGGACAGUUUCAGUGCAACAGCGGUCACUGCAUUGACCUCGACUAUUUCUGCGACGACUUCUUCGACUGUUCGGAGGCGGAGGACGAGCCGCCGCACUGCAACCCGUGUCCCCAAAACCACACCCACUGCAACAUCUCCUCCUGCAUCCCUAAGAACACCACCUGCGAUGGCCACGACGACUGUGGAGACGGAUCGGACGAAGUGGGAUGCCAAACACCAACAUCACCCGUAACAUUAACAACCAGGACAACACAACCAAUGACCACUACAGAGACGACAACCGUGCCUUCAACAAGCUUCACAACUACAGUUUCCACCACAACAGCUUCAGUGACGACUCUGACUUCAUAUCCCGCAACAAGUUUAUCGUUAUCCACCUCAAUCCCAUCGACAAUCUCAACGACUUCUACGACCACAACUCAGUUCACUUCAACGCAAUAUUCAUCCACGUUUACACCUUCUCCUUCAGUUACACCUUCAUCAUCAACUACAACGCCUUCGACAAGCGUCACGUCUCCAACAACAUCACCACUUUCUACUUCCACACCCACCUCCUCAACACCUUCAGUAACGCCCUCUUCCACCACUUCAUCAGGAACACCACCAACGUCUACAACACCGUCGUCAUCUACCUCUACGCCUACAAUAUCCACUACGCCAGUAUCUCAAACCACAACACCAUCUACUACUCCCUCAACACUACCUGCUGAGUAUUCCACAUCUGUUUCCUUGUCGACAACGUCUCCAACGACUCAGCCUUCCACAAGUACAAUAUCAUCCACAACGAUUUCUUCCACAAAAAUCUCUACCUCUCCCACAACCUCUCCCACUUCUACCUCACAGACGUCUACUAUCACCCCAUCAGUACCAACCACAGCUACAUCACCCAUAAGCACGUCGUCAGUAACUCCUUCGUCUACGAUAUCAUCAGUAACACCAUCGUCAUCAACAUUUACAGCCACUACUUCUUCUACACCUACCACACCUUCAUCAACAGGCACAGCUUCUUCUAUUUCUACUACAUCUUCAAUAUCGACAGCUACAUCCACGCCCUCCUCCACGGCCACUCCUACCCUCACACCCUCAUCCUCUGCAGAGACGCCCUCUACAAACGUCACUUCUCCUACACUUACGACAUCCCCAACUUCCACACUGACAUCCACCACUUCUCCAGUAACACUUUCUUCGUCUACAACACCACCAGCAACGGGCACAACUCCUUCGGGUCCUACAGCACCGACAACAUCUCCAGCUACGUCCACUCCCUCUUCCACUCCCACGUCUUCAGUUACACCUUCAUCAUCAACUGCAACGCCUUCGACAAGCGUCACGUCUCCAACAACAUCACCACUUUCUACUUCCACACCCACCUCCUCAACACCUUCAGUAACGCCCUCUUCCGCCACUUCAUCAGGAACACCAUCAACGUCUACAACACCGUCGUCAUCUACCUCUACGCCUACAAUAUCCACUACGUCAGUAUCUCAAACCACAACACCAUCUACUACUCCCUCAACACUACCUGCUGAGUAUUCCACAUCUGUUUCCUUGUCGACAACGUCUCCAACGACUCAGCCUUCCACAAGUACAAUAUCAUCCACAACGAUUUCUUCCACAAAAAUCUCUACCUCUCCCACAACCUCUCCCACUUCUACCUCACAGACGUCUACUAUCACCCCAUCAGUACCAGCCACAGCUACAUCACCCAUAAGCACGUCGUCAGUAACUCCUUCGUCUACGAUAUCAUCAGUAACACCAUCGUCAUCAACAUUUACAGCCACUACUUCUUCUACACCUACCACACCUUCAUCAACUUCUUCUAUUUCUACUACAUCUUCAAUAUCGACAGCUACAUCCACGCCCUCCUCCACGGCCACUCCUACCCUCACACCCUCAUCCUCUGCAGAGACGCCCUCUACAAGCGUCACUUCUCCUACACUUACGACAUCCCCAACUUCCACACUGACAUCCACCACUUCUCCAGUAACACUUUCUUCGUCUACAACACCACCAGCAACGGGCACAACUCCUUCGGGUCCUACAGCGCCGACAACAUCUCCAGCUACGUCCACUCCCUCUUCCACUCCCACGUCUUCAGUUACACCUUCAUCAUCAACUGCAACGCCUUCGACAAGCGUCACGUCUCCAACAACAUCACCACUUUCUACUUCCACACCCACCUCCUCAACACCUUCAGUAACGCCCUCUUCCGCCACUUCAUCAGGAACACCAUCAACGUCUACAACACCGUCGUCAUCUACCUCUACGCCUACAAUAUCCACUACGUCAGUAUCUCAAACCACAACACCAUCUACUACUCCCUCAACACUACCUGCUGAGUAUUCCACAUCUGUUUCCUUGUCGACAACGUCUCCAACGACUCAGCCUUCCACAAGUACAAUAUCAUCCACAACGAUUUCUUCCACAAAAAUCUCUACCUCUCCCACAACCUCUCCCACUUCUACCUCACAGACGUCUACUAUCACCCCAUCAGUACCAACCACAGCUACAUCACCCAUAAGCACGUCGUCAGUAACUCCUUCGUCUACGAUAUCAUCAGUAACACCAUCGUCAUCAACAUUUACAGCCACUACUUCUUCUACACCUACCACACCUUCAUCAACUUCUUCUAUUUCUACUACAUCUUCAAUAUCGACAGCUACAUCCACGCCCUCCUCCACGGCCACUCCUACCCUCACACCCUCAUCCUCUGCAGAGACGCCCUCUACAAGCGUCACUUCUCCUACACUUACGACAUCCCCAACUUCCACACUGACAUCCACCACUUCUCCAGUAACACUUUUUUCGUCUACAACACCACCAGCAACGGGCACAACUCCUUCGGGUCCUACAGCACCGACAACAUCUCCAGCUACGUCCACUCCCUCUUCCACUCCCACGUCUUCAGUUACACCUUCAUCAUCAACUGCAACGCCUUCGACAAGCGUCACGUCUCCAACAACAUCACCACUUUCUACUUCCACACCCACCUCCUCAACACCUUCAGUCACGCCCUCUUCCGCCACUUCAUCAGGAACACCAUCAACGUCUACAACACCGUCGUCAUCUACCUCUACGCCUACAAUAUCCACUACGUCAGUAUCUCAAACCACAACACCAUCUACUACUCCCUCAACACUACCUGCUGAGUAUUCCACAUCUGUUUCCUUGUCGACAACGUCUCCAACGACUCAGCCUUCCACAAGUACAAUAUCAUCCACAACGAUUUCUUCCACAAAAAUCUCUACCUCUCCCACAACCUCUCCCACUUCUACCUCACAGACGUCUACUAUCACCCCAUCAGUACCAACCACAGCUACAUCACCCAUAAGCACGUCGUCAGUAACUCCUUCGUCUACGAUAUCAUCAGUAACACCAUCGUCAUCAACAUUUACAGCCACUACUUCUUCUACACUACCACACCUUCAUCAACUUCUUCUAUUUCUACUACAUCUUCAAUAUCGACAGCUACAUCCACGCCCUCCUCCACGGCCACUCCUACCCUCACACCUCAUCCUCUGCAGAGACGCCCUCUACAAGCGUCACUUCUCCUACACUUACGACAUCCCCAACUUCCACACUGACAUCCACCACUUCUCCAGUAACACUUUCUUCGUCUACAACACCACCAGCAACGGGCACAACUCCUUCGGGUCCUACAGCACCGACAACAUCUCCAGCUACGUCCACUCCCUCUUCCACUCCCACGUCUUCAGUUACACCUUCAUCAUCAACUGCAACGCCUUCGACAAGCGUCACGUCUCCAACAACAUCACCACUUUCUACUUCCACACCCACCUCCUCAACACCUUCAGUAACGCCCUCUUCCGCCACUUCAUCAGGAACACCAUCAACGUCUACAACACCGUCGUCAUCUACCUCUACGCCUACAAUAUCCACUACGUCAGUAUCUCAAACCACAACACCAUCUACUACUCCCCUCAACACUACCUGCUGAGUAUUCCACAUCUCCACUACUUCUUCUACACCUACCACACCUUCAUCAACUUCUUCUAUUUCUACUACAUCUUCAAUAUCGACAGCUACAUCCACGCCCUCCUCCACGGCCACUCCUACCCUCACACCCUCAUCCUCUGCAGAGACGCCCUCUACAAGCGUCACUUCUCCUACACUUACGACAUCCCCAACUUCCACACUGACAUCCACCACUUCUCCAGUAACACUUUCUUCGUCUACAACACCACCAGCAACGGGCACAACUCCUUCGGGUCCUACAGCGCCGACAACAUCUCCAGCUACGUCCACUCCCUCUUCCACUCCCACGUCUUCAGUUACACCUUCAUCAUCAACUGCAACGCCUUCGACAAGCGUCACGUCUCCAACAACAUCACCACUUUCUACUUCCACACCCACCUCCUCAACACCUUCAGUAACGCCCUCUUCCGCCACUUCAUCAGGAACACCAUCAACGUCUACAACACCGUCGUCAUCUACCUCUACGCCUACAAUAUCCACUACCCACUAUUCUUCUACACCUACCACACCUUCAUCAACUUCUUCUAUUUCUACUACAUCUUCAAUAUCGACAGCUACAUCCACGCCCUCCUCCACGGCCACUCCUACCCUCACACCCUCAUCCUCUGCAGAGACGCCCUCUACAAGCGUCACUUCUCCUACACUUACGACAUCCCCAACUUCCACACUGACAUCCACCACUUCUCCAGUAACACUUUCUUCGUCUACAACACCACCAGCAACGGGCACAACUCCUUCGGGUCCUACAGCACCGACAACAUCUCCAGCUACGUCCACUCCCUCUUCCACUCCCACGUCUUCAGUUACACCUUCAUCAUCAACUGCAACGCCUUCGACAAGCGUCACGUCUCCAACAACAUCACCACUUUCUACUUCCACACCCACCUCCUCAACACCUUCAGUAACGCCCUCUUCCGCCACUUCAUCAGGAACACCAUCAACGUCUACAACACCGUCGUCAUCUACUCUACGCCUACAAUAUCCACUACAUCAGUAACACCAUCGUCAUCAACAUUUACAGCCACUACUUCUUCUACACCUACCACACCUUCAUCAACUUCUUCUAUUUCUACUACAUCUUCAAUAUCGACAGCUACAUCCACGCCCUCCUCCACGGCCACUCCUACCCUCACACCCUCAUCCUCUGCAGAGACGCCCUCUACAAGCGUCACUUCUCCUACACUUACGACAUCCCCAACUUCCACACUGACAUCCACCACUUCUCCAGUAACACUUUCUUCGUCUACAACACCACCAGCAACGGGCACAACUCCUUCGGGUCCUACAGCGCCGACAACAUCUCCAGCUACGUCCACUCCCUCUUCCACUCCCACGUCUUCAGUUACACCUUCAUCAUCAACUGCAACGCCUUCGACAAGCGUCACGUCUCCAACAACAUCACCACUUUCUACUUCCACACCACCUCCUCAACACCUUCACCUUCCACAAGUACAAUAUCAUCCACAACGAUUUCUUCACAAAAAUCUCUACCUCUCCCACAACCUCUCCCACUUCUACCUCACAGACGUCUACUAUCACCCCAUCAGUACCAACCACAGCUACAUCACCCAUAAGCACGUCGUCAGUAACUCCUUCGUCUACGAUAUCAUCAGUAACACCAUCGUCAUCAACAGUUUACAGCCACUACUUCUUCUACACCUACCACACCUUCAUCAACUUCUUCUAUUUCUACUACAUCUUCAAUAUCGACAGCUACAUCCACGCCCUCCUCCACGGCCACUCCUACCUCACACCCUCAUCCUCUGCAGAGACGCCCUCUACAAGCGUCACUUCUCCUACACUUACGACAUCCCCAACUUCCACACUGACAUCCACCACUUCUCCAGUAACACUUUCUUCGUCUACAACACCACCAGCAACGGGCACAACUCCUUCGGGUCCUACAGCACCGACAACAUCUCCAGCUACGUCCACUCCCUCUUCCACUCCCACGUCUUCAGUUACACCUUCAUCAUCAACUGCAACGCCUUCGACAAGCGUCACGUCUCCAACAACAUCACCACUUUCUACUUCCACACCCACCUCCUCAACACCUUCAGUAACGCCUCUUCCGCCACUUCAUCAGGAACACCAUCAACGUCUACAACACCGUCGUCAUCUACCUCUACGCCUACAAUAUCCACUACGUCAGUAUCUCAAACCACAACACCAUCUACUACUCCCUCAACACUACCUGCUGAGUAUUCCACAUCUGUUUCCUUGUCGACAACGUCUCCAACGACUCAGCCUUCCACAAGUACAAUAUCAUCCACAACGAUUUCUUCCACAAAAAUCUCUACCUCUCUCACAACCACUCCCAUUUCUACCUCACAGACGUCUACUAUCACCCCAUCAGUACCAACCACAGCUACAUCACCCAUAAGCACGUCGUCAGUAACUCCUUCGUCUACGAUAUCAUCAGUAACACCAUCGUCAUCAACAUUUACAGCCACUACUUCUUCUACACCUACCACACCUUCAUCAACUUCUUCUAUUUCUACUACAUCUUCAAUAUCGACAGCUACAUCCACGCCCUCCUCCACGGCCACUCCUACCCUCACACCCUCAUCCUCUGCAGAGACGCCCUCUACAAGCGUCACUUCUCCUACACUUACGACAUCCCCAACUUCCACACUGACAUCCACCACUUCUCCAGUAACACUUUCUUCGUCUACAACACCACCAGCAACGGGCACAACUCCUUCGGGUCCUACAGCGCCGACAACAUCUCCAGCUACGUCCACUCCCUCUUCCACUCCCACGUCUUCAGUUACACCUUCAUCAUCAACUGCAACGCCUUCGACAAGCGUCACGUCUCCAACAACAUCACCACUUUCUACUUCCACACCCACCUCCUCAACACCUUCAGUAACGCCCUCUUCCGCCACUUCAUCAGGAACACCAUCAACGUCUACAACACCGUCGUCAUCUACCUCUACGCCUACAAUAUCCACUACGUCAGUAUCUCAAACCACAACACCAUCUACUACUCCCUCAACACUACCUGCUGAGUAUUCCACAUCUGUUUCCUUGUCGACAACGUCUCCAACGACUCAGCCUUCCAAAGUACAAUAUCAUCCACAACGAUUUCUUCCACAAAAAAAUCUCUACCUCUCCCACAACCUCUCCCACUUCUACCUCACAGACGUCUACUAUCACCCCAUCAGUACCAACCACAGCUACAUCACCCAUAAGCACGUCGUCAGUAACUCCUUCGUCUACGAUAUCAUCAGUAACACCAUCGUCAUCAACAUUUACAGCCACUACUUCUUCUACACCUACCACACCUUCAUCAACUUCUUCUAUUUCUACUACAUCUUCAAUAUCGACAGCUACAUCCACGCCCUCCUCCACGGCCACUCCUACCCUCACACCCUCAUCCUCUGCAGAGACGCCCUCUACAAGCGUCACUUCUCCUACACUUACGACAUCCCCAACUUCCACACUGACAUCCACCACUUCUCCAGUAACACUUUCUUCGUCUACAACACCACCAGCAACGGGCACAACUCCUUCGGGUCCUACACCGCGACAACAUCUCCAGCUACGUCCACUCCCUCUUCCACUCCCACGUCUUCAGUUACACCUUCAUCAUCAACUGCAACGCUUCGACAAGCGUCACGUCUCCAACAACAUCACCCACUUUCUACUUCCACACCCACCUCCUCAACACCUUCAGUAACGCCCUCUUCCGCCACUUCAUCAGGAACACCAUCAACGUCUACAACACCGUCGUCAUCUACCUCUACGCCUACAAUAUCCACUACGUCAGUAUCUCAAACCACAACACCAUCUACUACUCCCUCAACACUACCUGCUGAGUAUUCCACAUCUGUUUCCUUGUCGACAACGUCUCCAACGACUCAGCCUUCACAAGUACAUAUCAUCCACAACGAUUUCUUCCACAAAAAUCUCUACCUCUCCACAACCUCUCCCACUUCUACCUCACAGACGUCUACUAUCACCCCAUCAGUACCAACCACAGCUACAUCACCCAUAAGCACGUCGUCAGUAACUCCUUCGUCUACGAUAUCAUCAGUAACACCAUCGUCAUCAACAUUUACAGCCACUACUUCUUCUACACCUACCGCACCUUCAUCAACAGGCACAACUCCUUCUAUUUCUACUACAUCUUCAAUAUCGACAGCUACAUCCACACCCUCCUCAACGGCCACUCCUUCCGUCACACCCUCAUCCUCUGCCGAGACGCCCUCUACAAGCGUCACUUCUCCUACACUUACGACAUCCCCAACCUCCACACUGACAUCCACCACUUCUCCAGUAACACUUUCUUCGUCUACAACACCACCAGCAACGGGCACAACUCCAUCGAGUACAACACCUUCAAUUUCGUCAGCUACUUCAACUUCUGUGUCGACUACCUUAACGUCUUACGGAAGCUCCUCAUCGUUUGUCAGUUCCUCUACAAGCUCUACCACAACGCCUUUUUCUGAAACACCCUCAGCGACUACAUUAUCAUCUUUCUCAACGACAAUUUCUUCAAUACCUUCAACUCUUUCGUCCACCUUAACUCCAACUUCAAGUUCUUUUAGUUCAACUUCAACCUCACCUUUCUUAUCUACAUCAUCAUCUAUUGUUUCAACCAGUUUUACCACUUCUGCGUCAUCAGAAGAAUCUACCACAGAAACAACAAUCGCAUCAUCUACAACACAAACAACACCGGAAUCAACUACACAGAGAACAACGCAAAAAUCAACUUCAGCUCCUUCCACAUCUCCCUCUACUUUCACACCUACAUCAUCUACAGCAUACAUGUCCACCAUUACGCCCCCUACCACUAAACCCUCCACGUCAACAUCGUCAUUCACCACAACUGGAUCUACUCAAACUUCUACGGAAUCAACAACAUUGACAACGCUCUCACGUACGACAUAUUUGCUGUCAACGUCGUUGUCAUCAUUCUCAACAAAUGAAUUAGAAUCGACUACACGUGGUGUUACAUUCACAACCCCCACAACGUCACUCACCUCUACCACGCCAUCGCCACCUUCUUCCCCAUUAACGCCAUCUUCACCCACCACACCUUCUUCCACCACACCUCCACCCACACCAACAACUCCUUCCUCCACUACAUCGCCCACUUCCACACCAUCUUCAACUACCACACCCACAGGCACCACGCCUUCUUCAACUUCAACUCCUUCCACAUCGCCCACUACUUUCACACCUUCAUCAUCUACCACAUCCGUUUCCACCAUUACGUCACCUACCACGACACCCUCCACGUCAACGCCUCCCCAAUCCUCCACGACCACGACUUCAUCCACAUCUCCCUCGAGCAUCACAACUCCCUCUGGGCCAACUGCCACACCCACAGGUACCACACUCUCUUCACCGUCCUCGUCACCAACCACACCUUCUUCCACUACAUCUCCAACAUCCACUAGCACCUCCACCACCUCGCCCACGUCCACUACUACUUUCCCCACUACAUCCUCCAUUUCAACAACUUCCGCCACCACAAUUUCAAGCUCUACAACACCAUCCACAACCCCCUCGACACUCUUUGCUUCUUAUUCCACCUCACCAGUCUCCCUCUCUACUUCGCCUUCAACAGCAUCAACAUCCACAACGCCUUCCUCGACGGUAACCCUAACCCCCACCACGUCACUCACCUCUACCACCACUCCAUCCACUCCCACAUCUUCCGUGUCCACACCUCCAUCGUCUUCCACGAGCCCUCCAACCGGAACCACUUUGCAAACCUCCACAAUCACGCCGUCCUCUACGAUUUCUACAACUCCCUCCAGCACCACACCUACACCUCCAUCGUCUUCCACGACCCCUCAAACCGGAACCACCCCGCAAACUUCCAUCACCACGCCAUCGUCUACGGCUUCCACAUCUCCCAUCAGCACCACAACUCAAUCGUCCCCCACUACAACACCAACAGGUACCACCACGCCUUCUUCCCCAUCUACGCCAUCUUCACCCACCACACCUUCUUCCACCACACCUCCACCCACACCAACAAUUCCUUCCUCCACUACAUCGCCCACUUCCACACCAUCUUCAACUACCACACCCACAGGCACCACGCCUUCUUCAACUUCAACUCCUUCCACAUCGCCCACUACUUUCACACCUUCAUCAUCUACCACAUCCGUUUCCACCAUUACGUCACCUACCACGACACCCUCCACGUCAACACCUCCCCAAUCCUCCACGACCACGACUUCAUCAUCUCCCUCGAGCAUCACAACUCCCUCUGGGCCAACUGCCACACCAACAGGUACCACACCCUCUUCAUCGUUCUCGUCACCAACCACACCUUCUUCCACUACAUCUCCAACAUCCACUAGCACCUCUCCCACCUCCACCACCUCGCCGACGUCCACUACUACUUUCCCCACUACAUCCUCCAUUUCAACAACUUCCGCCACCACGAUUUCAAGCUCUACAACACCAUCCACAACCCCCUCGACACUCUUUGCUUCUUAUUCCACCUCACCAGUCUCCCUCUCUACUUCGCCUUCAACAGCAUCAACAUCCACAACGCCUUCCUCGACGGUAACCCUAACCCCCACCACGUCACUCACCUCUACCACCACUCCAUCCACUCCCACAUCUUCCGUGUCCACACCUCCAUCGUCUUCCACGAGCCCUCCAACCGGAACCACUUCGCAAACCUCCACCAUCACGCCGUCCUCUACGAUUUCUACAACUCCCUCCAGCACCACACCUACACCUCCAUCGUCUUCCACGAACCCCUCAAACCGGAACCACCCCGCAAACUUCCAUCACCACGCCAUCGUCUACGGCUUCCACAUCUCCCAUCAGCACCACAACUCCAUCGUCACCCACUACAACACCAACAGGUACCACCACGCCUUCUUCCCCAUCCACGCCAUCUUCACCCACCACACCUUCUUCCACCACACCUCCACCCACACCAACAACUCCUUCCUCCACUACAUCGCCCACUUCCACACCAUCUUCAACUACCACACCCACAGGCACCACGCCUUCUUCAACUUCAACUCCUUCCACAUCGCCCACUACUUUCACACCUUCAUCAUCUACCACAUCCGUUUCCACCAUUACGUCACCUACCACGACACCCUCCACGUCAACUUCUCCCCAAUCCUCCACGACCACGACUUCAUCCACAUCUCCCUCGAGCAUCACAACUCCCUCUGGGCCAACUGCCACACCCACAGGUACCACACCCUCUUCACCGUCCUCGUCACCAACCACACCUUCUUCCACUACAUCUCCAACAUCCACUAUCUCCCUCUCUACUUCGCCUUCAACAGCAUCAACAUCCACAACGCCUUCCUCGACGGUAACCCUAACCCCCACCACGUCACUCACCUCUACCACCACUCCAUCCACUCCCACAUCUUCCGUGUCCACACCUCCAUCGUCUUCCACGAGCCCUCCAACCGGAACCACUUCGCAAACCUCCACCAUCACGCCGUCCUCUACGAUUUCUACAACUCCCUCCAGCACCACACCUACACCUCCAUCGUCUUCCACGACCCCUCAAACCGGAACCACCCCGCAAACUUCCAUCACCACGCCAUCGUCUACGGCUUCCACAUCUCCCAUCAGCACCACAACUCCAUCGUCACCCACUACAACACCAACAGGUACCACCACGCCUUCUUCCCCAUCCACGCCAUCUUCACCCACCACACCUUCUUCCACCACACCUCCACCCACACCAACAACUCCUUCCUCCACUACAUCGCCCACUUCCACACCAUCGUCAACUACCACACCCACAGGCACCACGCCUUCUUCAACUUCAACUCCUUCCACAUCGCCCACUACUUUCACACCUUCAUCAUCUACCACAUCCGUUUCCACCAUUACGUCACCUACCACGACUCCCUCCACGUCAACUUCUCCCCAAUCCUCCACGACCACGACUUCAUCCACAUCUCCCUCGAGCAUCACAACUCCCUCUGGGCCAACUGCCACACCAACAGUCUCCCUCUCUACUUCGCCUUCAACAGCAUCAACAUCCACAACGCCUUCCUCGACGGUAACCCUAACCCCCACCACGUCACUCACCUCUACCACCACUCCAUCCACUCCCACAUCUUCCGUGUCCACACCUCCAUCGUCUUCCACGAGCCCUCCAACCGGAACCACUUCGCAAACCUCCACCAUCACGCCGUCCUCUACGAUUUCUACAACUCCCUCCAGCACCACACCUACACCUCCAUCGUCUUCCACGACCCCUCAAACCGGAACCACCCCGCAAACUUCCAUCACCACGCCAUCGUCUACGGCUUCCACAUCUCCCAUCAGCACCACAACUCCAUCGUCACCCACUACAACACCAACAGGUACCACCACGCCUUCUUCCCCAUCCACGCCAUCUUCACCCACCACACCUUCUUCCACCACACCUCCACCCACACCAACAACUCCUUCCUCCACUACAUCGCCCACUUCCACACCAUCUUCAACUACCACACCCACAGGCACCACGCCUUCUUCAACUUCAACUCCUUCCACAUCGCCCACUACUUUCACACCUUCAUCAUCUACCACAUCCGUUUCCACCAUUACGUCACCUACCACGACACCCUCCACGUCAACUUCUCCCCAAUCCUCCACGACCACGACUUCAUCCACAUCUCCCUCGAGCAUCACAACUCCCUCUGGGCCAACUGCCACACCCAACAGCACCCCUCCCACCUCCACCACCUCGCCCACGUCCACUACUACUUUCCCCACUACAUCCUCCAUUUCAACAACUUCCGCCACCACGAUUUCAAGCUCUACAACACCAUCCACAACCCCCUCGACACUCUUUGCUUCUUAUUCCACCUCACCAGUCUCCCUCUCUACUUCGCCUUCAACAGCAUCAACAUCCACAACGCCUUCCUCGACGGUAACCCUAACCCCCACCACGUCACUCACCUCUACCACCACUCCAUCCACUCCCACAUCUUCCGUGUCCACACCUCCAUCGUCUUCCACGAGCCCUCCAACCGGAACCACUUCGCAAACCUCCACCAUCACGCCGUCCUCUACGAUUUCUACAACUCCCUCCAGCACCACACCUACACCUCCAUCGUCUUCCACGACCCCUCAAACCGGAACCACCCCGCAAACUUCCAUCACCACGCCAUCGUCUACGGCUUCCACAUCUCCAUCAGCACCACAACUCCAUCGUCACCCACUACAACACCAACAGGUACCACCACGCCUUCUUCCCCAUCCACGCCAUCUUCACCCACCACACCUUCUUCCACCACACCUCCACCCACACCAACAACUCCUUCCUCCACUACAUCGCCCACUUCCACACCAUCUUCAACUACCACACCCACAGGCACCACGCCUUCUUCAACUUCAACUCCUUCCACAUCGCCCACUACUUUCACACCUUCAUCAUCUACCACAUCCGUUUCCACCAUUACGUCACCUACCACGACACCCUCCACGUCAACUUCUCCCCAAUCCUCCACGACCACGACUUCAUCCACAUCUCCCUCGAGCAUCACAACUCCCUCUGGGCCAACUGCCACACCAACAGGUACCACACCCUCUUCACCGUCCUCGUCACCAACCACACCUUCUUCCACUACAUCUCCAACAUCCACUAGCACCCCUCCCACCUCCACCACCUCGCCCACGUCCACUACUACUUUCCCCACUACAUCCUCCAUUUCAACAACUUCCGCCACCACGAUUUCAAGCUCUACAACACCAUCCACAACCCCCUCGACACUCUUUGCUUCUUAUUCCACCUCACCAGUCUCCCUCUCUACUUCGCCUUCAACAGCAUCAACAUCCACAACGCCUUCCUCGACGGUAACCCUAACCCCCACCACGUCACUCACCUCUACCACCACUCCAUCCACUCCCACAUCUUCCGUGUCCACACCUCCAUCGUCUUCCACGAGCCCUCCAACCGGAACCACUUCGCAAACCUCCACCAUCACGCCGUCCUCUACGAUUUCUACAACUCCCUCCAGCACCACACCUACACCUCCAUCGUCUUCCACGACCCCUCAAACCGGAACCACCCCGCAAACUUCCAUCACCACGCCAUCGUCUACGGCUUCCACAUCUCCCAUCAGCACCACAACUCCAUCGUCACCCACUACAACACCAACAGGUACCACCACGCCUUCUUCCCCAUCCACGCCAUCUUCACCCACCACACCUUCUUCCACCACACCUCCACCCACACCAACAACUCCUUCCUCCACUACAUCGCCCACUUCCACACCAUCUUCAACUACCACACCCACAGGCACCACGCCUUCUUCAACUUCAACUCCUUCCACAUCGCCCACUACUUUCACACCUUCAUCAUCUACCACAUCCGUUUCCACCAUUACGUCACCUACCACGACACCCUCCACGUCAACUUCUCCCCAAUCCUCCACGACCACGACUUCAUCCACAUCUCCCUCGAGCAUCACAACUCCCUCUGGGCCAACUGCCACACCAACAGGUACCACACCCUCUUCACCGUCCUCGUCACCAACCACACCUUCUUCCACUACAUCUCCAACAUCCACUAGCACCCCUCCCACCUCCACCACCUCGCCCACGUCCACUACUACUUUCCCCACUACAUCCUCCAUUUCAACAACUUCCGCCACCACGAUUUCAAGCUCUACAACACCAUCCACAACCCCCUCGACACUCUUUGCUUCUUAUUCCACCUCACCAGUCUCCCUCUCUACUUCGCCUUCAACAGCAUCAACAUCCACAACGCCUUCCUCGACGGUAACCCUAACCCCCACCACGUCACUCACCUCUACCACCACUCCAUCCACUCCCACAUCUUCCGUGUCCACACCUCCAUCGUCUUCCACGAGCCCUCCAACCGGAACCACUUCGCAAACCUCCACCAUCACGCCGUCCUCUACGAUUUCUACAACUCCCUCCAGCACCACACCUACACCUCCAUCGUCUUCCACGACCCCUCAAACCGGAACCACCCCGCAAACUUCCAUCACCACGCCAUCGUCUACGGCUUCCACAUCUCCCAUCAGCACCACAACUCCAUCGUCACCCACUACAACACCAACAGGUACCACCACGCCUUCUUCCACCACACCUCCACCCACACCAACAACUCCUUCCUCCACUACAUCGCCCACUUCCACACCAUCUUCAACUACCACACCCACAGGCACCACGCCUUCUUCAACUUCAACUCCUUCCACAUCGCCCACUACUUUCACACCUUCAUCAUCUACCACAUCCGUUUCCACCAUUACGUCACCUACCACGACACCCUCCACGUCAACUUCUCCCCAAUCCUCCACGACCACGACUUCAUCCACAUCUCCCUCGAGCAUCACAACUCCCUCUGGGCCAACUGCCACACCAACAGGUACCACACCCUCUUCACCGUCCUCGUCACCAACCACACCUUCUUCCACUACAUCUCCAACAUCCACUAGCACCCCUCCCACCUCCACCACCUCGCCCACGUCCACUACUACUUUCCCCACUACAUCCUCCAUUUCAACAACUUCCGCCACCACGAUUUCAAGCUCUACAACACCAUCCACAACCCCCUCGACACUCUUUGCUUCUUAUUCCACCUCACCAGUCUCCCUCUCUACUUCGCCUUCAACAGCAUCAACAUCCACAACGCCUUCCUCGACGGUAACCCUAACCCCCACCACGUCACUCACCUCUACCACCACUCCAUCCACUCCCACAUCUUCCGUGUCCACACCUCCAUCGUCUUCCACGAGCCCUCCAACCGGAACCACUUCGCAAACCUCCACCAUCACGCCGUCCUCUACGAUUUCUACAACUCCCUCCAGCACCACACCUACACCUCCAUCGUCUUCCACGACCCCUCAAACCGGAACCACCCCGCAAACUUCCAUCACCACGCCAUCGUCUACGGCUUCCACAUCUCCCAUCAGCACCACAACUCCAUCGUCACCCACUACAACACCAACAGGUACCACCACGCCUUCUUCCCCAUCCACGCCAUCUUCACCCACCACACCUUCUUCCACCACACCUCCACCCACACCAACAACUCCUUCCUCCACUACAUCGCCCACUUCCACACCAUCUUCAACUACCACACCCACAGGCACCACGCCUUCUUCAACUUCAACUCCUUCCACAUCGCCCACUACUUUCACACCUUCAUCAUCUACCACAUCCGUUUCCACCAUUACGUCACCUACCACGACACCCUCCACGUCAACUUCUCCCCAAUCCUCCACGACCACGACUUCAUCCACAUCUCCCUCGAGCAUCACAACUCCCUCUGGGCCAACUGCCACACCAACAGGUACCACACCCUCUUCACCGUCCUCGUCACCAACCACACCUUCUUCCACUACAUCUCCAACAUCCACUAGCACCCCUCCCACCUCCACCACCUCGCCCACGUCCACUACUACUUUCCCCACUACAUCCUCCAUUUCAACAACUUCCGCCACCACGAUUUCAAGCUCUACAACACCAUCCACAACCCCCUCGACACUCUUUGCUUCUUAUUCCACCUCACCAGUCUCCCUCUCUACUUCGCCUUCAACAGCAUCAACAUCCACAACGCCUUCCUCGACGGUAACCCUAACCCCACCACGUCACUCACCUCUACCACCACUCCAUCCACUCCCACAUCUUCCGUGUCCACACCUCCAUCGUCUUCCACGAGCCCUCCAACCGGAACCACUUCGCAAACCUCCACCAUCACGCCGUCCUCUACGAUUUCUACAACUCCCUCCAGCACCACACCUACACCUCCAUCGUCUUCCACGACCCCUCAAACCGGAACCACCCCGCAAACUUCCAUCACCACGCCAUCGUCUACGGCUUCCACAUCUCCCAUCAGCACCACAACUCCAUCGUCACCCACUACAACACAACAGGUACCACCACGCCUUCUUCCCCAUCCACGCCAUCUUCACCACCACACUUCUUCCACCACACCUCCACCACACCAACAACUCCUUCCUCCACUACAUCGCCCACUUCCACACCAUCUUCAACUACCACACCCACAGGCACCACGCCUUCUUCAACUUCAACUCCUUCCACAUCGCCCACUACUUUCACACCUUCAUCAUCUACCACAUCCGUUUCCACCAUUACGUCACCUACCACGACACCCUCCACGUCAACUUCUCCCCAAUCCUCCACGACCACGACUUCAUCCACAUCUCCCUCGAGCAUCACAACUCCCUCUGGGCCAACUGCCACACCACAGGUACCACACCCUCUUCACCGUCCUCGUCACCAACCACACCUUCUUCCACUACAUCUCCAACAUCCACUAGCACCCCUCCCACCUCCACCACCUCGCCCACUCUCCCUCUCUACUUCGCCUUCAACAGCAUCAACAUCCACAACGCCUUCCUCGACGGUAACCCUAACCCCCACCACGUCACUCACCUCUACCACCACUCCAUCCACUCCCACAUCUUCCGUGUCCACACCUCCAUCGUCUUCCACGAGCCCUCCAACCGGAACCACUUCGCAAACCUCCACCAUCACGCCGUCCUCUACGAUUUCUACAACUCCCUCCAGCACCACACCUACACCUCCAUCGUCUUCCACGACCCCUCAAACCGGAACCACCCCGCAAACUUCCAUCACCACGCCAUCGUCUACGGCUUCCACAUCUCCCAUCAGCACCACAACUCCAUCGUCACCCACUACAACACCAACAGGUACCACCACGCCUUCUUCCCCAUCCACGCCAUCUUCACCCACCACACCUUCUUCCACCACACCUCCACCCACACCAACAACUCCUUCCUCCACUACAUCGCCCACUUCCACACCAUCUUCAACUACCACACCCACAGGCACCACGCCUUCUUCAACUUCAACUCCUUCCACAUCGCCCACUACUUUCACACCUUCAUCAUCUACCACAUCCGUUUCCACCAUUACGUCACCUACCACGACACCCUCCACGUCAACUUCUCCCCAAUCCUCCACGACCACGACUUCAUCCACAUCUCCCUCGAGCAUCACAACUCCCUCUGGGCCAACUGCCACACCCAACAGGUACCACACCCUCUUCACCGUCCUCGUCACCAACCACACCUUCUUCCACUACAUCUCCAACAUCCACUAGCACCCCUCCCACCUCCACCACCUCGCCCACGUCCACUACUACUUUCCCACUACAUCCUCCAUUUCAACAACUUCCGCCACCACGAUUUCAAGCUCUACAACACCAUCCACAACCCCCUCGACACUCUUUGCUUCUUAUUCCACCUCACCAGUCUCCCUCUCUACUUCGCCUUCAACAGCAUCAACAUCCACAACGCCUUCCUCGACGGUAACCCUAACCCCCACCACGUCACUCACCUCUACCACCACUCCAUCCACUCCCACAUCUUCCGUGUCCACACCUCCAUCGUCUUCCACGAGCCCUCCAACCGGAACCACUUCGCAAACCUCCACCAUCACGCCGUCCUCUACGAUUUCUACAACUCCCUCCAGCACCACACCUACACCUCCAUCGUCUUCCACGACCCCUCAAACCGGAACCACCCCGCAAACUUCCAUCACCACGCCAUCGUCUACGGCUUCCACAUCUCCCAUCAGCACCACAACUCCAUCGUCACCCACUACAACACCAACAGGUACCACCACGCCUUCACCCACACCAACAACUCCUUCCUCCACUACAUCGCCCACUUCCACACCAUCUUCAACUACCACACCCACAGGCACCACGCCUUCUUCAACUUCAACUCCUUCCACAUCGCCCACUACUUUCACACCUUCAUCAUCUACCACAUCCGUUUCCACCAUUACGUCACCUACCACGACACCCUCCACGUCAACUUCUCCCCAAUCCUCCACGACCACGACUUCAUCCACAUCUCCCUCGAGCAUCACAACUCCCUCUGGGCCAACUGCCACACCAACAGUCUCCCUCUCUACUUCGCCUUCAACAGCAUCAACAUCCACAACGCCUUCCUCGACGGUAACCCUAACCCCCACCACGUCACUCACCUCUACCACCACUCCAUCCACUCCCACAUCUUCCGUGUCCACACCUCCAUCGUCUUCCACGAGCCCUCCAACCGGAACCACUUCGCAAACCUCCACCAUCACGCCGUCCUCUACGAUUUCUACAACUCCCUCCAGCACCACACCUACACCUCCAUCGUCUUCCACGACCCCUCAAACCGGAACCACCCCGCAAACUUCCAUCACCACGCCAUCGUCUACGGCUUCCACAUCUCCCAUCAGCACCACAACUCCAUCGUCACCCACUACAACACCAACAGGUACCACCACGCCUUCUUCCCCAUCCACGCCAUCUUCACCCACCACACCUUCUUCCACCACACCUCCACCCACACCAACAACUCCUUCCUCCACUACAUCGCCCACUUCCACACCAUCUUCAACUACCACACCCACAGGCACCACGCCUUCUUCAACUUCAACUCCUUCCACAUCGCCCACUACUUUCACACCUUCAUCAUCUACCACAUCCGUUUCCACCAUUACGUCACCUACCACGACACCCUCCACGUCAACAUCUCCCCAAUCCUCCACGACCACGACUUCAUCCACAUCUCCCUCGAGCAUCACAACUCCCUCUGGGCCAACUGCCACACCAACAGUCUCCCUCUCUACUUCGCCUUCAACAGCAUCAACAUCCACAACGCCUUCCUCGACGGUAACCCUAACCCCCACCACGUCACUCACCUCUACCACCACUCCAUCCACUCCCACAUCUUCCGUGUCCACACCUCCAUCGUCUUCCACGAGCCCUCCAACCGGAACCACUUCGCAAACCUCCACCAUCACGCCGUCCUCUACGAUUUCUACAACUCCCUCCAGCACCACACCUACACCUCCAUCGUCUUCCACGACCCUCAAACCGGAACCACCCGCAAACUUCCAUCACCACGCCAUCGUCUACGGCUUCCACAUCUCCCAUCAGCACCACAACUCCAUCGUCACCCACUACAACACCAACAGGUACCACCACGCCUUCUUCCCAUCCACGCCAUCUUCUCCCACACACCUUCUUCCACCACACCUCCACCCACACCAACAACUCCAUCCUCCACUACAUCGCCCACUUCCACACCAUCUUCAACUACCACACCCACAGGCACCACCCCUUCUUCAACUUCAACUCCUUCCACAUCGCCCACUACUUUCACACCUUCAUCAUCUACCACAUCCGUUUCCACCAUUACGUCACCUACCACGACACCCUCCACGUCAACUUCUCCCCAAUCCUCCACGACCACGACUUCAUCCACAUCUCCCUCGAGCAUCACAACUCCCUCUGGGCCAACUGCCACACCAACAGGUACCACACCCUCUUCACCGUCCUCGUCACCAACCACACCUUCUUCCACUACAUCUCCAACAUCCACUAGCACCCCUCCCACCUCCACCACCUCGCCCACUCUCCCUCUCUACUUCGCCUUCAACAGCAUCAACAUCCACAACGCCUUCCUCGACGGUAACCCUAACCCCCACCACGUCACUCACCUCUACCACCACUCCAUCCACUCCCACAUCUUCCGUGUCCACACCUCCAUCGUCUUCCACGAGCCCUCCAACCGGAACCACUUCGCAAACCUCCACCAUCACGCCGUCCUCUACGAUUUCUACAACUCCCUCCAGCACCACACCUACACCUCCAUCGUCUUCCACGACCCCUCAAACCGGAACCACCCCGCAAACUUCCAUCACCACGCCAUCGUCUACGGCUUCCACAUCUUCCAUCAGCACCACAACUCCAUCGUCACCCACUACAACACCAACAGGUACCACCACGCCUUCUUCCCCAUCCACGCCAUCUUCACCCACCACACCUUCUUCCACCACACCUCCACCCACACCAACAACUCCUUCCUCCACUACAUCGCCCACUUCCACACCAUCUUCAACUACCACACCCACAGGCACCACGCCUUCUUCAACUUCAACUCCUUCCACAUCGCCCACUACUUUCACACCUUCAUCAUCUACCACAUCCGUUUCCACCAUUACGUCACCUACCACGACACCCUCCACGUCAACUUCUCCCCAAUCCUCCACGACCACGACUUCAUCCACAUCUCCCUCGAGCAUCACAACUCCCUCUGGGCCAACUGCCACACCAACAGUCUCCCUCUCUACUUCGCCUUCAACAGCAUCAACAUCCACAACGCCUUCCUCGACGGUAACCCUAACCCCCACCACGUCACUCACCUCUACCACCACUCCAUCCACUCCCACAUCUUCCGUGUCCACACCUCCAUCGUCUUCCACGAGCCCUCCAACCGGAACCACUUCGCAAACCUCCACCAUCACGCCGUCCUCUACGAUUUCUACAACUCCUCCAGCACCACACCUACACCUCCAUCGUCUUCCACGACCCCUCAAACCGGAACCACCCCGCAAACUUCCAUCACCACGCCAUCGUCUACGGCUUCCACAUCUCCCAUCAGCACCACAACUCCAUCGUCACCCACUACAACACCAACAGGUACCACCACGCCUUCUUCCCCAUCCACGCCAUCUUCACCCACCACACCUUCUUCCACCACACCUCCACCCACACCAACAACUCCUUCCUCCACUACAUCGCCCACUUCCACACCAUCUUCAACUACCACCCACAGGCACACGCCUUCUUCAACUUCAACUCCUUCCACAUCGCCCACUACUUUCACACCUUCAUCAUCUACCACAUCCGUUUCCACCAUUACGUCACCUACCACGACACCCUCCACGUCAACUUCUCCCCAAUCCUCCACGACCACGACUUCAUCCACAUCUCCCUCGAGCAUCACAACUCCCUCUGGGCCAACUGCCACACCAACAGCACCACACCUACACCUCCAUCGUCUUCCACGACCCCUCAAACCGGAACCACCCGCAAACUUCCAUCACCACGCCAUCGUCUACGGCUUCCACAUCUCCCAUCAGCACCACAACUCCAUCGUCACCCACUACAACACCAACAGGUACCACCACGCCUUCUUCCCCAUCCACGCCAUCUUCUCCCACCACACCUUCUUCCACCACACCUCCACCCACACCAACAACUCCUUCCUCCACUACAUCGCCCACUUCCACACCAUCUUCAACUACCACACCCACAGGCACCACGCCUUCUUCAACUUCAACUCCUUCCACAUCGCCCACUACUUUCACACCUUCAUCAUCUACCACAUCCGUUUCCACCAUUACGUCACCUACCACGACACCCUCCACGUCAACUUCUCCCCAAUCCUCCACGACCACGACUUCAUCCACAUCUCCCUCGAGCAUCACAACUCCCUCUGGGCCAACUGCCACACCAACAGGUACCACACCCUCUUCACCGUCCUCCACCACACCUACACCUCCAUCGUCUUCCACGACCCUCAAACCGGAACCACCCCGCAAACUUCCAUCACCACGCCAUCGUCUACGGCUUCCACAUCUCCCAUCAGCACCACAACUCCAUCGUCACCCACUACAACACCAACAGGUACCACCACGCCUUCUUCCCCAUCCACGCCAUCUUCUCCCACCACACCUUCUUCCACCACACCUCCACCCACACCAACAACUCCUUCCUCCACUACAUCGCCCACUUCCACACCAUCUUCAACUACCACACCCACAGGCACCACGCCUUCUUCAACUUCAACUCCUUCCACAUCGCCCACUACUUUCACACCUUCAUCAUCUACCACAUCCGUUUCCACCAUUACGUCAGCCUACCACGACACCCUCCACGUCAACUUCUCCCCAAUCCUCCACGACCACGACUUCAUCCACAUCUCCCUCGAGCAUCACAACUCCUCUGGGCCAACUGCCACACCAACAGGUACCACACCCUCUUCACCGUCCUCGUCACCAACCACACCUUCUUCCACUACAUCUCCAACAUCCACUAGCACCCCUCCCACCUCCACCACCUCGCCCACGUCCACUACUACUGUCCCUACUACAUCCUCCAUUUCAACAACUUCCGCCACCACGAUUUCAAGCUCUACAGCACCAUCCACAACCCCCUCGACACUCUUUGCUUCUUAUUCCACCUCACCAGUCUCCCUUUCUACUUCGCCUUCAACAGCAUCAACCGCGUCAACCUCCAACAAUACGCCAUCGUCUACGACGUCUACGCCAUCUUCCAGCAUCAUAACUACAUCUCCAUCGUCAUUCACCACCACUGGGUCUACUUCAACUUCUACCGAAUCCACAACUUUAACAACGCUCUCGCGAACGACAUAUUUGCUGUCAACGUCUUUGUCUUCAUUCUCAACAACUGAAUUACAAUCGACUUCACAUGGUGUUACUUUCACUACCACAACCACUUCACCUUCUGCCACUUCGCCAAUCAUUUCAUCUACGCUGACUCCCGAGUUUACUUCAUCUGAACUUACUACUUUGUUAUCUUCGACAACAAAGCCGUUGGUUACGUCAUCCCUGUCAACUCCAUUUACCAAUGUAUCGUCAACAGCUACACCUUGUUCGCCAUCUUACGAGUGGGGAGAUUGGGGACCGUGUUUGCCGUGUUUCUCCGGACGGGGAGUUCGGAAUCGAACUGGGCAAUGCGUGAGCUGUUGUAAUGGCAGCUUGGAAAUCAAACAGGAAGAAUCUUGCUUCGACUGUCAGUGCGAAGUCACACUGGAGAAAAUUUUGAAAGAGCUGGGUUAUCAUCCUGAAGAUAACAUUCUGGGGCAGUUAGAGGGCUCCAACAUCACCGUUACGUUCGACAAUGAGACAUUCUACUUGGAGCUCAACACCAGCGUCAUCAGCCAGUGUCACGAGUGUAUGUGCUACGACAAUGGAACAUUCAUGUGCGUAGUAAAGAGCUGUGAGUGCUUGCCGUGGUCACCGUGGACACCGUGCACUUGUUACACUCCCACGCAGACACGCAGACGCGUGGACAACUCCAUGCAAGGAGCCCCCGCCUACUGCACCAACGACACGGAAGUUCGCCAGUGUCCUCCCUGCACUACAUUGAGUCCCUUCACACUUACUACCACGACGAUCACUCCGACUACACCUCUUUGCCGGUCACCGUGGACUGACUGGUCUCCAUGCCCGGUAAAUACCUGCAACACCACCUCCACGCGUAAACGAACCUGCGACAUCUACAAUCCAUCCUGUAACUGCUCCUCCGCUGAGCAAACUCAGAUCCGUUCAUGUGGCUGUCCGACGAGUACCACGUCGCUGAUAACUACUACUACUCCGCUUACCACAGUCUGCCCGCACAAAGAGUGUUAUGAUGAAUGUAAGCACACCUGCCGCUACUACCGUGACCCUGACUGCGUAACCGUGUCCAAGGAGUGCGAUGAGCGGUGCGUGUGCCCAGAGGGCAUGCGAGAGGACAACGAUGGUGUAUGUGUUAACGAAACCAUGUGCCCCUGCCCAGGCAAAAACAAUACUUGGUAUCCAUUCGGUUUCAAUGUGAGCUACCCGGAUAUAUGUCUGCAAUGUCAGUGUAACGAGGCAGGGUACUUCUGUUCAGAAAUACCUGGAUGCUGUGUGUACGGCGACUGGACGCGGUGGUCAGACUGCAGCGUCAACUGUGGCAACGGAACUCAGUCUCGAAAGAGGCUGCCUAUUAACUCUCACUGCCCAUCAGAAGAUAUUGAGACACGUCCCUGUAAGGGCAAAUGUGUCUGCGUGGUCGAUGGAGUCACCCACGAAAACGGAACCAAGUACCGCUCACCACGCAACGAAUGCGAGAUUUGUGAGUGUCUCGAAGGGGUGGAAAGCUGCUAUUGGGACCAAUCUACAGCUGUGGAUGGAAACUGGAGCCCCUGGGGUGACUGGAGCUUGUGCGUGGGUACCACCAGCUGCCGAGAUUACAAUCACACCCGCUGUCGCUCAUGCAGCCAACCCAAGUGCGGUGGUAAAAACUGCGAAGGGAAGGCUGUGGACGUGCAACCGUGCAGCAACCAACCUUGCUGCAGCGUGUUCCAGUGGGGACCAUGGGGUGAUUGCUCGGUCACCUGUGAUGGAGGGCAGCGUCAACGUAGCAAGAUCUUCCUAGACGAUCGGACCGCCAGAGACUGUCAGAACACCAACGUUUAUGAAUUCGAGCCUUGCGGCGACUGUAUGUGUGACACCAUCAGUCCUUCAGAGUGGAGCGACUGGUCCCCUUGCAAGAACGACCUUCAAACCGACUGCGGCUGGGGCUCGCAGGAGCGCUCGCGGUCAACCGGAGAUUGUGCGGGUAUCAAGAUUACGGAAACAAUGCAGUGCUUCCUGGGCCCAUGUGAAUGCGGUGAAGGCCUCGUAUACAGCAACUACUCAUUGUGCCACAAGACCUGCGCGGACAUGUUCCCCGACCCGUCGUGCAACAUUAAGCCUCAUUCUGGCUGUGUGUGUCCUGGAAACAUGUACUACAACGGCUCCGCGUGCGUGACGUUUGAAGAGUGCAGGCAUUGUAUCUACAAUGGAGAGCAUUAUGAAGAAGGCAAGGAAUGGGACUGCGGAAACUGUAGCAAAUGCCAGUGCUGUAGCGGUCAUAUCUUACCUUCGCCUAAAGAAUGUCCUGACGUCACAAACUGUAAUCUGACGACUCAUCGACUAGAAUUCACUAACGACACCUGCUGCCCGCUUCAGUGCAUACCAAAGAAAUGCGAACUCAAACGCAAGCCCGCGGUCAACAUCACCGUGGAUGGCUGUGUCAGUGUGGAGAAGCACGUUGUGGAGUACUGCGAGGGUGAAUGCGAACCCUCCAAGCACCAGGUGAACUACGCCACGUCCACCUUGGCGCAAGCAGAGUGUCGCUGCUGUAGCGCAAGCGUGUCUCGUCUCGAUCAGAUUGAUCUGAAAUGUCCCGACGGAUCUCUGCGUGUGCACUCCAUCCCCAUCCUGUUAUCGUGCAACUGUAACGUCUCGCCGUGCGGUCACUCUUGACCAAACUGAGGACGAAGAGGAUAAGACGGAUUCGCUGCUCUUCGGUCACUACUGAUUUUACAGAAAAUUACAAUAAAGAAUGGACUGUGUUAUAUAGCUACUUAACAAUGUUUAUUGUUAAUGCCUUGCUGUUAUUUUGAGCUUCUUUUAAAUCUAAUAAAAUGUUUCCUUCCAAAUUAUCGACUUUAUUGUACGCCUUCUGUUUGUCUUCAGUAAAGCUGCUGUCUAAGGGUUAA